AUGGCCUUAGCUGUGCUAGACGCCCUUGACUCUGCUCGCACACAAUGGUACCACAUCACUGCUAUCAUCAUCGCCGGAAUGGGGUUUUUCACUGAUGCAUACGACCUUUUCUGCAUCUCAACUGUUUCAAAACUCUUGGGUCGUCUCUACUAUGCUCCUGGCAGUAAGCCUGGAAAGCUCCCCCACGCGGUUAACAAUGCCGUGGUUGGCGUUGCGCUAGUUGGCACGCUAACAGGCCAACUGUUCUUUGGCUGGCUGGGUGAUAAACUUGGUCGUAAAAAAGUUUACGGCCUCACUCUAGUCAUCAUGGUUGUUUGUGCCAUAUGCUCCGGCUUGUCCUUCGGCACCACGACUGCAGGAUCUGUAAUAACAACGCUCUGUUUCUUCAGGUUUUGGCUAGGGUUUGGCAUUGGAGGAGACUAUCCACUCUCAGCCACGAUCAUGUCCGAAUAUGCUAACAAAACAACUCGUGGGGCAUUCAUUGCUGCAGUGUUUGCGAUGCAGGGGGUGGGGAUUAUAUUCGCGGGCCUAGUUUCCAUGAUACUUUCAAAGAUCUUUCUAAGCUACUAUGAAACUGUUCCAUUCUGGGACGAUCACUUUCUUUCCGUAGAACGGGAGGGAGACUAUCUAUGGAGAAUUGUUCUCAUGAUAGGAGCCGUUCCGGCGCUCUUAACUUACUAUUGGCGAAUGAAAAUGCCUGAAACAGGUCGGUAUACUGCCUUAAUCGAGGGGAAUGCCAAACAAGCUGCCGCCGAUAUGGGACGGGUUCUUGAUCUUGAAAUCCAAGCUGAACAAGAAAAGUUGUCCCAAUUCAAGGCUGCUAACAGCUACCCGUUGCUUUCUAUGGAGUUUUAUAAUCGUCACGGGCUUCAUCUAAUAGGUACAACGAGCACAUGGUUCUUGUUGGAUAUAGCAUUUUACAGUCAAAACCUGACCCAGAAAGAUAUUUUUCCGGCAAUGAAUUUAAUAAAGAAGGACAUUGACCUUAGCGCUUUACGAGAGGUAUUUGAGACGUCACGCGCCAUGUUUGUCCUUGCAUUGCUCGGGACUUUCCCUGGUUACUGGUUCACCGUGUUCUUCAUCGAGAAGCUAGGACGGUUCAAGAUCCAACUCAUGGGGUUUUUCAUGAUGUCCGCUUUCAUGCUUAUCAUAGGGGUCAAAUACGACUACCUCAAGGAUCAUGGCACCUUGUUCGCGGCUUUGUAUGGUUUAACAUUUUUCUUUGCAAAUUUUGGGCCUAAUAGCACCACCUUUGUGCUUCCAGCCGAGUUGUUCCCAACCAGGUUAAGGUCGACAUGCCAUGCUAUAAGCGCAGCUGCCGGGAAGGCUGGUGCAAUGGUUGGCGCAUUUGGGGUGGCGAACUAUACAUUAGAUGGUCAAGCAAAAGAUAUUAAGAAGGCGAUGAUGUUUUUGGCUGUCACCAACAUGUUGGGCUUUUUUUGCACAUUCUUAGUGACUGAGACAAAGGGGAGGUCUUUGGAGGAAAUAUCGGGCAAGAAUGAGGAUCCAGGUUUUGUUAUGGAGAAGGGCUUGAAGAUAUUCAUGGCAAUGCGCCAUUCCUGA